UUAUUUUGUUUUGUUGCUCAUCCCUAAUUCCGCAGUUUUUAUUUUAAUAACAAUGUCCAAAAUAUUUACACCCACAAAUCAAAUUCGCCUUACAAAUGUCGCAAUUGUAAGGCUGAAAAAAGGAGGCAAGCGAUUCGAAAUAGCCUGCUAUAAAAACAAGGUACUUUCGUGGAGGAAUAACAGCGAAAAGGAUAUUGAUGAAGUGCUGCAAACGCAUACAGUGUUCACGAAUGUGUCCAAAGGACAGGCGGCCAAAAAGGAUGAGUUGCAAAAGGCCUUCAACAAAACAGAUGAGACGGAGAUUUGCAAGGAGAUUUUAAGCAAAGGAGAACUGCAGGUGUCAGAAAAGGAACGCCAAAGUUGUUUGGACACUCAGCUUAAUAGUAUCGUAAAUAGUGUAGCUGCUUUAUGUGUAAAUCCAGAGACACGUCGUCCAUAUCCCGCCUCUAUAAUUGAAAAAUCCUUGAAAGAUGCUCACUUUUCCGUAAAGAUGAACCGAAACACUAAGCAGAACACACUGGAGGCCAUCAAGAUGCUCAGGGAGCACCUUCCCAUUGAAAGAUCACGUAUGAAGCUGCGUGUUAGCUUUGCAGGAAAGGAAGGCGGUGGCAAGCUAAAGGAAUCGGUUGUAAAACUGGCAAACACCGUGGAGCACGAGGAAUGGGACGAGGCCACUUUACACCUCACUUUGCUUAUAGAUCCUGGUCAAUACCGGGUCAUCGAUGAGCUGGUGAGGAAUGAAACAAAGGGGAAAGGUCUCCUGGAGCUCCUUGAACUGAAGGAAGUCGUGGAAAGUGAGGAACUCUUCUAGGCCUGUAAGCCCCUUUUAGAAUGGAUCCUCUUUCUUGAAUAUUUGUUGAUAUUUAUGUGAAACAUAAACUUAUUACACCCCGAGGUUUUGUUUAAAUUA